AUGGCACCAAAAAGAAGUUAUAGUUCUUGUAUAUUUUGUUUGAAAACGCCAAACAAAAACCCAAGCAUCUCUUUACACUCGUUCCCCAAGGAUAAAUCCAAGCGAUAUUUGUGGCUUACAGCUUGUGGCUUGUCUGAAGAAGAUUACAAGCCUUCUAGAAAAAUUUGUUCAGAACAUUUCGAACAAGAUUGUUAUAGAACUGGGACUAGUCUUAAAAUUUUAAAACGAAAUUCAGUUCCUACAAAGAUUGACAAACAUGCAAAACAAUUUUUUGAAUCAACGUGCACUCGUAAGAUGCUUCAGAUGUUCUCUCGUGAAGCGCCUGCUGAGUUACUCACUUCCCAAAUUGACGUACAGACUGUUUCAACCUCGGUUUCAACAGUGAAAUCGGAGCCUGUUUCAACUGGGAAAUUGGAGCCUGUUUCAUCUGUAAAAUUGGUGCCUGUUUCAAUUGUGAAAUUGGAGCCUGUUUCAACUGUAAAAUUGGAGCCUGUUUCAGCUGUGAAAUUGGAGCCUGUUUCAACUGUGAAAAUGGAGCCUGUUUCAACUGUGAAAUUAGAAAUCCUUUCAGACUGUGAAAUUGAAACUCCCGAAAUUGAUGAUACUCCUGAACAAAAGCCACAUAUAUUUUAUGAAGGUGAUGAAACUAUGCCAGACUUAGCCACUUGGAGGGAAAACCAACAUAAUUUGACUAAAGCUAGAUGGAAAAUAAUUGAACAACAGAAAACAAUUAAAUCUUUAAAUUUGAAAGUAAGCAGACUCCUCAAAAGACUGUCUAAGGCUGAAUCAUCAAAUAAUUUGAAAAAAAAUCUUCCAGCUGAACAAGCUCAUGGUACUAUAUUGGUAAAUUUAAUUUUUAAAUCUGUAUAA